AGGUGGAGAAUCCCUCCCAGAGGGGGCGGGCCAGAGCUUCAGACGCCGGCGGCCCACGCGAGGGCGCCCGCGUGCGAGAGCACUGGUGCUUCCGUUCCCAAGACGCCCUCGGGUGCGGGGGAGGGAGGAGCCUGGUCAGUUCUCGCGAGAUGCGCCACAGGAACGGAGCGGCGGGAGCCGGUGGGGGCGGCGGCGGCAUGGCCGAUGUGUUGGUCUACAGCAAGGAGGGCCCCGGCCGCCUGGGCUGGACACGACUCCGCCGGGCCCGCUCCCCACUGGGCGUGGGCCGCCGAGCGCGGCGUCGAGCCCGUUCCCUGGGCGGUGCGGUCCAGCGGCGACUGCGACUGCGGCUGCAGCAGAUCGAGGCGGCCGGCGCGGCCUGGCUAGAAGAGGAGGAGGAGGUGGACGAGGCCGUGGUAGCGGCUGGAGUCGAGUGGGGCGCGCGGGAGAAGAAGGCGCGGAAGAAGAAGGCGCGGCGGCGGGAGCGCGCCGAGCGGGAGCGGGAGCGGCGGGAGCGCGAGGAACAGCGGCAGCGGGAGGAGCGCGAGUGGAGGCAACUACGCGAGCUGCGGGAGCGGCGUGAGCGCCGCCCCACGGGAGACGAGAAGGAAAAGCAACGCGUCGGUGGGGAGCGCCAGGCGGCGGGACCCGGGUCUGACCAGGGCGGCGAGCGCGAUGGCUCCGAGGAGCCACCCCGGGAGCCUGGCCACUUUGGCGGGCGCGGGCAGCCCUUCCUGGUGCGGGGCAAGGCCGGCCUCCUGGUGCUGCUGCACCACGCACAGUCUUUCACCUUCACUGGGAAAUGUCGGCUUACCUGUCUCUAUGGCCGAGUGCAGGUAUUUGGUUUUAUCAUCAGCCAGGGCCAGCCGGCCUAUGACCUUUACUCACCCCACACCAACUGUGCCCUGACUUUUGAAGCAAUUAGCUACUUGAUGCCAGAGAAAACCAUAAAGGAUAUGAAGUUGGAGGUCCGGUCUUUGAUCAAAGAUCAUAUUUCUUCAGCCAAUGCAUUUCCCAUGAUGAAGCAGUUUUCUCCUAUGUGUUCCAUCGUCAUGCUGGAAAGUCUGGAGACCCCUGCUAUGGACUUCAUCCUCAGCUAUCCAGCUUUUUCUCACCUUUUCUCAGGAAAGAAACAGGAGCCGUCCUCCUACACUCUUGAGCAGUUAACUGUGUCUUCUGUUGGCAUUAAGAAAUGUGAGGAAGAAAGUGGCUUUCACUUGUCUGAGAGCAGCAGUUCAGCGAUAGAAGAGUUAAUCACUGCUUGUCGUGAGGAAAUUGAUGGUUGCCCUAUCAUCAUGGCCUGUGGACCAAAGUGCAUUGGCAAGUCCACCUUCAAUAGAUACCUGAUUAACCAGCUGCUAAACAGCAUUCCCCGUGUUGACUUUCUGGACUGUGACCUCGGCCAGACAGAAUUCACUCCUCCUGGCUGUGUUUCCUUGUCCAAUGUUACAGAACCUCUUUUUGGUCCACCAUUCACCCAUCAAAGAAAGACUCGAAAAAUGGUCUUUUAUGGUGAUUCUUCCUGUGAAGAUGACUGUAAGAAGUACAUGGAUAUUGUGAAGUACGUGUUCAGUGCCUACCAGAGAGAAGCGCCUCUCAUCAUUAACACGAUGGGCUGGGUGAAAGGAGAUGGACUCUUGCUCCUCAUUGACCUUAUCCGAAUGCUGGCCCCCACUCAUAUCGUCCAGUUCAGUUCUGAACAUAGCAAAGACAUGCCCUUGCUCACCCCCGAGUACACAGCAGGGAUGGCAGGUCUGCAGACCAAAGGCAAGACCAGAGUCAAAAAUAGGCACCUGGACUGCAUAGAUUCAGAGAGUUCUGGAGAUCCAGAUGAAGAGAAAGGGAGCCAGCCCCACUCAACAGGACACAAACUGCUGCUUGUGCAGUCUGAGUUUGCCGGUGCUGGUGUUGCUCAACUGACGCAAUGGCAUAGCCCUGUUCUUCGUGAUAUGGCCUUGUUAGGUUACCUUGCCCUGCUACAGCCACCAGAGGCAAAGCCAUUUUUUCCUCUACACCAUCUAGUCCCCUUUCAGAUCCCUUUCAGUUCUGUUGCUCUCCGGGUUAUUCACACUGAUGUUGCUCCUACCCAUACCAUGUACACAGUAAAUGCCAGCUGGAUUGGUCUUUGUAGGAUACUGGAUGAUGUCAAACAGAAAACUGAUGGACCAGUUUUUCUUACAGACAAUCCAGUCUGUGAUUGUGUGGGGUUUGGAAUUAUCCGAGGAAUCAGCAUGGUGAAGAAAGUGUACUACGUUCUGACUCCUCUGUCCCAUGAAAAGUUAAGACAAGUGAAUUGUCUGAUGAUUGGAAACAUAACUAUUCCUCAUUGCGUCUUCAAGAGCCAGCCCAAGAUUGAGGGGGAGAUGCCUUACGUUACUUCUGAAUAUAAUUUUUCUAUUUGGGGAGCAGGAAAACUCAGAGUCAGAAAACUUCUGCAGAGGAGAGAAUACCUUUAAUCACCAAUGAACUUUUCACCGAAGAAUAGCAUGGAGCUCUUGCUUUUUAAUGAGGGAGGGGAGGGGAUGCCAAGACUUGACCUGGUUUCUCUUGCUGCGGCAGCAGCGUCCAGUGGAAUGAUGUGAACAA